AUGGUUGCCUGCCUGCUUUGCCUUAUAUUUGCCUACAAUCUUCUGCCAGUACUCUUGGCUGGCAAAGGGUUUUCCUCAUGUGUCUUCCCUUUCGUUUUUAAUGGGACGUUGUAUUCCUCUUGCACUAGAGAUGGGUCUAUUGAUGAGCAGCUGUGGUGCAGCACCACAGCAAACUAUGACACCGAUGGCCAGUGGAAGCACUGCAUUAUUCAAGAGCACGGAGGCAAUUCUGGAGGCAGAUCCUGCGUGUUUCCCUUUGUUUACAAAAACCAGACAUUCUACACAUGUACUGAAGAGGAUAGGGGGAGAUUCUGGUGUGCUACCACAAGAAAUUAUGACAAGGAUCUUGAGUGGAGCUACUGUGCUGACACCAGAUUAGAUGCCAAUCCUAAAGGGCCCUGUGUUUUUCCUUUCAUCUUCAACCGUACAUCUUAUUCAUCAUGCACAACAGAUGGAAUUUCUAACAAGAAGCCAUGGUGUUCCCUUACUAAGAACUAUGAUGUUGACUUGCAAUGGACCUAUUGUGAACCUUCAGAGCCUAAAGAGAAGGUGGAGGAUCUACCUUGUGUCUUCCCAUUUGUCCAUGAUGGCAAGCUUUAUUUCCGCUGCACUGCAGAGGGGCGGAGUGAUGGGAAACACUGGUGGGCCACCGCUGUCAACUAUGAUCUUGACAAGAAAUGGAAGUUCUGUCCAGAGGAAUCGGGAGCAGAUCUACAGCUAGAUGGUCCAACUUGUGUCUUCCCAUUCAUCUUCGAGGGCAAGUCUUACAGUGCAUGUAUUGAUGAGGGCAUGGAUAAUGGGAAACUCUGGUGUGCCACAAGUAGCAACUAUGACAAAGAUAAGAAAUGGCAAUAUUGUGAUGUCACAGGGCCAGACCCAAUGAUAGAAAGUCCAUCAUGUGUCUUCCCAUUCAUCUUCAAGGAAAAGUUCUACAGUACAUGCACUAGCGAAGGCAUGCGUGAUGGGGAAUUCUGGUGUGCCACCACCACCAACUAUGAUGUAGAUAAAAAAUGGGUAUAUUGCAAUGACACAGGGCCUGAUGAGAAUGUGGAAAGUCUACCUUGUGUCUUUCCAUUUAUCUUCAAGAAUCAGGUUUACAUCAGCUGCACCACAAAUGGCCGGAGUGAUGGAAGGUUCUGGUGCGCCACCAGCAGUAACUAUGAUAUUGACAAAAUAUGGAGGUUCUGUCCAGAGGAAUCAGGGCCAGAUCCAAAUGUUGAAGAUCCAACAUGUAUCUUCCCAUUCAUCUACAAAGAGAAAUUAUAUACAACAUGUACUGCAGAUGGCAUGAGUGAUGGAAGAUGCUGGUGUGCAACCACUAGCAACUAUGAUGUAGAUAAGAAAUGGAAAUACUGUAAUAUCACAGCACCAGAUCCAAAGAUAGAGGGUCCAACUUGUGUUUUCCCAUUCAUUUACAAUGGCAAUUCCUACAACACAUGCAUCAGUGAUGGCAUGAGGGAUGGGAAGAAGUGGUGUGCCACUACUAGCAACUAUGACGAGGAUAAAAAAUGGGUGUGCUGCAAUGACACAGGGCCAGACUUUCCCAAAUGUGUCUUUCCAUUCACCUAUAAUGGUAAGAAGUACAACAGCUGUACAAGAGAUGGACGGAGAGAUGGGAAGCUCUGGUGUGCAAUCACCAACAACUACGACGUAGAUAAGAAACUGACUUUUUGUACCACCACAAUUCCUUCUCCCUGUGUAUUCCCAUUUGUUUACAAGCAGAAGUCCUACACCUCAUGCACAAAAGAUGGUGCUGCUGAUUUGCAACUAUGGUAUGCCACAACCUCUAACUACGACAAGGACCGCAAAUGGAAACCAUGUGCUCUCUAUGAGUAUGGAGGCAAUUCUGGUGAGCAUGUCUGUGUCUUCCCCUUCACCUAUAAGAGUCGAACGUUCUAUACCUGCACCAAUGAAGAUGCUCUCUUUGGGAGGUUCUGGUGUGCCACAACAGGAAGCUAUGAUAAGGACAUGAAGUGGAGCUACUGUGCUGACAUCAGAUUAGCUGCAAAUGCUCAGGGUCCCUGUAUCUUUCCUUUAAUCUACAAUGGUGAAACAUACUCAUCAUGUACAACAGAUGGGGAAGCUAGAGGGAGGCUCUGGUGCUCUCUCACCAGCAACUAUGAUGUAGAGCCCAAGGCAUAUUGUGAUCCUUCAG